GCUGGCCACCAUCCUCACCGCUGCCAGGACUCCGAACCUGCCCUAGAUGUCUAACCAGAUCUCCAUCGCGCAAUUUUUAGAUGAUUAGUGUCUGCUCAACACCACCUUUCUUUAGCGGCGAGAUAUAGGCGUACCGCCCACGAGAAUAGCAUCGGGCUGAAAGUGAACUGCUCGAGUCUCAAGAUGCUCCUCCACAACACUGCUGUUGGCUUGUCUAGAAACACUGGAGAUAGAGAAGUUAAGGUUGAGCUGCGCCUUUUGGUACGUGCCGACUGCCUAAAUUUGUCUCGUGCGUUCGUCACCCUGGCCCUCAGCUGGAGCGCAAGCGUCCAGUGAAACUAUCGUACUGCACCACCCAACGCCGCUCAGCUUCUUCAAUACCUGUCGCCGACCCGAGGCCUCUGUGUCCACUGGACCAACUCCCUGCCCCGGGCCUGUCAAGCUUGGCUGUCGGCGAACCACAGCAAGCAGGAUGGCGAAGCCAUCAGGUCCCCGCUCGUCUCUGAUUGGAUUGAAAGUCUAGGUGCAAGCCAUGCGCGACGACAGCUCGGUAACCGUGAGCAGUCCACUACUGUUUUCAUGUGCGGAUCGCGAGUCAAUGCCUGGAGGCUAUUCUGUGGAGGCGAAGACCCACAGAGCGAAUGAAGAGAAGCGCGAAUUGGGCAGCAGGGCCCUACCCACGAAACCGAGUUCGGCCAGUUGCACAAUUGGGGAGGCUGCGGAAACAGAACCUUCAUUCGCUUUGCGCUACAAUCCUCCACGGUGUUGGUUUACGCCAUGCUCGCGCCCGUCUUCGCCUCGCCUACACUACUGGCAGUCCAUGACGAGCGAUCUGGAUUCGGCCCGACAGGACUUGCAAGCGCAUACAAUUUCUCUUUUGCAAGAACGGUAGUCUUGAACAGCUUAUCUCAGGACGCUCUGUGACCCACCGAGCUGGUGGUCGUCCUUCCCGGUUUUAUUGGGUAU